UAAACAAGAAAACAAGAAUUGCUUCUUCUGAAAAUAUAUAUAUAUUUUUUAUGGGUUUGAUAUUUUCGAUUCACUUCUUGAUGGGUUUAUGACUGUUGAUGUGCUUAUUUACAUAAUUUCACUGUCGAUUUUGCGGAUCAAUAUAGACUGAGAUUUCUUGGAGUAGUUUAUGGGGGUUCUGUCGACGACGGAGCGGUCGCGCGUGCCUUCGUGGAAGUUCCUUGUAGCCGGCGAAUCCACCAUGGAGGAGUAUAACCUGCUUAUUUGGUUUCAAGAACUUCAUCAUUCCAAGACUGCGUGUGGAGAUAGUUAUACGAAUCCAUAAAAAAUCGCGUUGAAAAUGUGGGUUUUCUACUCCAGAGAAACUGAUUUCUCUACUACAGGGAGAAGAUAUUCUUCUCAGCUCAAUGAAUUGAUACCUCAGUCACGGUUAGCAGAUAAGUGUCAACAAGUGACUUGCUUCCAUGCUUCCAAAAGAAAGCAAAUUGGUGUGGACAGAUUCACCUCCGGAUUCUUUGUUGACAAGUCAACCUUUCAUCUGCCAAGGCACAAACUUGAUUAUGCUAAUGUUAGACAAUUUGAUGUUCCACAUGCCACUGUGGGCCCUGAAGAGCCACAUGCAGCAAGUACAGCAUGGCCUGAUGGUAUUAUGGAGAAAGAGGGUUUGGACUUAUUAGAAUCAGAAGUAGAGAGAAAAGAAUUUGAGAACUUUUUGAGAUUUGAGCUUCCUUCUCACCCGAAAUUGCACAGAGGACAACUGAAGAAUGGGCUUCGCUACCUCAUUCUGCCGAACAAAGUCCCUCCUAACAGGUUUGAAGCUCACAUGGAAGUUCACGUGGGUUCCAUUGAUGAGGAAGAUGAUGAGCAAGGAAUGGCUCAUAUGAUCGAACAUGUUGCAUUCCUUGGAAGUAAGAAACAUGAGAAACUUCUUGGAACUGGGGCAAGAUCUAAUGCUUACACAGAUUUUCAUCACACAGUGGUUCAUAUUCACUCACCAACCAGUACAAAGGAUUCUGAAGGUGAUUUGUUUCCAGUUGUUCUGGAUGCUCUGAAUGAGAUUGCUUUACACCCCAAAUUUCUGGCUUCUCGAGUUGAAAAGGAGAGAAGGGCAAUUUUGUCAGAACUACAAAUGAUGAAUACCAUAGAAUACCGUGUCGAUUGUCAGUUGUUGCAACACUUGCACUCUGAGAACAAGUUGAGCAAAAGAUUUCCUAUUGGAUUGGAGGAGCAGAUUAAGAAAUGGGAUGCCGAUAAAAUCAGGAAAUUCCAUGAGCGCUGGUAUUUCCCCGCAAAUGCCACAUUAUACAUUGUUGGGGACAUUGAUGACAUUUCUAAGACGGUUAACCACAUUGAAGCAGUUUUUGGACAGACGGGCAUGGAAAGUGAGGUAGCUGCUUCACCUACACCAAGCGCUUUUGGUGCGAUGGCCAGUUUCCUUGUUCCUAAGCUGUCAGUUGGAGCUAGUGGCUUAUCUCAGGAAAGGUUAUCCAAUUCUGUGGAAACAUCAAAAAACUUUAGAAAGGAAAGGCAUGCUAUUCGCCCUCCUGUUCAACACAAUUGGUCCCUUCCUGGAAGCUACACCGAUGCAAAGCUGCCCCAAAUAUUUCAGCAUGAAUUGCUUCAGAAUUUCUCAAUUAAUAUGUUUUUCAAGAUCCCUGUUAACAAGGUUCGUACAUAUGGUGACUUGCGGAAUGUGCUGAUGAAGAGGAUCUUUCUUUCUGCUUUGCAUUUCCGAAUUAACACAAGAUACCAGAGUUCGAAUCCCCCAUUUACGUCGGUGGAAUUGGAUCACAGUGAUUCAGGAAGAGAAGGUUGUACAGUAACCAGUCUCACUGUCAAUGCAGAACCUCAAAAUUGGCAAAAUGCAAUCAAAGUUGCUGUGCUGGAGGUUAGAAGGCUUAAAGAAUUUGGUGUUACUAAUGGUGAAUUAGCCCGUUAUCUAGAUGCCCUGUUGAAAGAUAGUGAACAAUUGGCAGCUAUGAUUGACAAUGUAUCCUCAGUGGAUAACUUAGAUUUCAUUAUGGAAAGUGAUGCACUCGGUCACACUGUGAUGGAUCAGAGGCAAGGACAUGAUAGUUUGGUUGCUGUUGCUGGUACAGUUACACUUGAAGAGGUCAACUCUAUUGGCGCAGAGGUAUUGGAGUUCAUAUCUGAUUAUGGGAAACCAUCUGCGCCGCACCCAGCUGCAAUUAUUGCAUGUGUGCCAAAGAAAGUGCACAUUGAUGGAAUUGGUGAAACUGACUUCAAGAUAGAACCAGAAGAGAUUGUGGAUGCUAUUGAAGCUGGUUUGAAGGAACCCAUUGAGGCUGAGCCCGAGCUUGAUAUACCAAAAGAGUUGAUCUCUUCAGAACAGCUGCAAGAAUUAAGGUUGAAGCAAAACCCAUCCUUCAUUCCUGUUGACCAAGAAAAGAAAACGACAAAGGUUUAUGACGAGGAUACGGGAAUUGUGCAGCGGCGUCUUUCAAAUGGCAUUCCUGUAAAUUACAAGUGGUACAAACAAAUCUUGAAGUGGGUGAGGUACUCCCGGUUUGUCUCAAGCAUUGUUGCAGUGUUAGUAUUAGCAGCAGUAAACAUACAAAUCAAGUAUAAUACUCCUAUGAGAAGGGUGGUCUUAAGGCUUUUCAUCGAGCUGUCCGAAGAGUUGAAUGUCGGAAAUCUUCUUCAGUCUAGAAUAAGGCAGGCAUGGUAUCGGGUUACUGUUUAAAAGGUUACGC